UGCAGAGGGAGAGGAGAGAGAGACACCAGCAGCGGCCAGAACAGCCUCAGCACCAGCCUGCGGCGCUGAGUCCCAUUGGGGCAGCUGGCACUCCGGCCUGGAGACUGUAGGGACGCUGCACAGUGAAGUAUCACAAAUCAUCCUAUAAUGGAGGCAACCAGACAAACGAGAAUUUCUCGACCGCACAAGAUAAGUGAAUCCUCCAAGGUGUACAGAUGGGCUGACCACCCCAGUCUAGUCCUUCAGAGUCUGAAUGAGCAGAGACACCAAGGACUUUUCUGUGAUAUUAUUCUGGUGGUGGACGAACAAAGAGUCCCUGCCCACCGGAAUCUCCUGGCUGUUUGCAGUGACUACUUCAACUCCAUGUUCACCAUUGGCAUGCGAGAGGCCUAUCAAAAAGAGGUCGAACUAUUUGGAGCCUCUUACAUUGGUCUCAAAGCUGUGGUGGAUUUCCUAUAUGGCAGCGAGCUGUCCUUAGAUGGUGGCAACAUUGAUUAUGUACUGGAAACAGCUCACCUGCUGCAGAUCUGGAAGGUGGUUGACUUCUGUUGUGAGUAUCUCGAAAAUGAGGUCAGCGAGGAGAACUACCUGUACCUUCAAGAGCUGGCCUCUAUUUACAACCUGAAACGCCUGGACUCCUACAUCGACUCUUUCAUCCUGCAGAACUUUGGCACGCUCUCGUUCACGCCUAACUUCCUGCAGAACAUUUCCAUCCAAAAACUCUGCCAGUAUUUGGGGAGCAGCAACGUGCAGCAGGAAUGUGAGCACGACUUGCUGCAGGCCGCCUUGCAGUGGCUGACGCAAUACCCAGAAAGAGAAAACGAGGCUUACCAGGUACUGGACAACAUUCAUUUUCCCUUGAUACCGAAGAGUGACCUCCUCCAUCGAGUCAAGCCUGCUGUCUGCUCUCUUCUCCCGAAGGAAGCAAACUGUGAGGGGUUUAUAGAAGAAGCGGUGAACUAUCAUAAUAACAUCACAGCCCAGCCAGUGCUCCAGAACAAGCGGACGGCUUUGCGUACAAAUGAAGAGAGGCUCCUCUUUGUGGGUGGGGAGGUUUCGGAACGGUGCCUGGAGUUAAGCGAUGAUACCUGCUUCCUGGACACCAAAAAGGGGCAAUGGAUAACAGAAACGCCACUCCCAGCCAGGCGAAGUCACCACUGUGUUGCAGUGCUGGGAGGUUUCAUCUUCAUAGCUGGAGGCAGCUUUUCAAGAGACAAUGGAGGGGAUGCAGCUUCAAAUCUUCUAUAUAGGUAUGAUCCCCGCUGUAACCAGUGGAUAAAGGUUGCCUCCAUGAGACAACGACGAGUAGAUUUCUACCUUGCAGCCAUUACAGAUAUGCUGGUAGCUGUUGGUGGGAGGAAUGAAAAUGGGGCUCUUUCUUCAGCUGAGACCUAUAGCCCUCAAAAAGAUGCCUGGUCUUAUAUAGCAGGCUUGCCAAGGUUUACCUAUGGGCAUGCUGGCACUGUCUACAAGGAAUUUGUUUAUAUCUCCGGGGGCCAUGAUUACCAAAUUGGUCCCUAUAGAAAAAAUCUCCUCUGCUAUGAUUACCGAACAGAUGUCUGGGAGGAAAAGCGGCCAAUGAUCACUGCUCGGGGGUGGCACAGCAUGUGCACCUUGGAGGACAAUAUCUAUUCCAUUGGCGGCAGUGAUGACAACAUAGAAACUAUGGCACGCUUUGACAUUCUGAGUGUGGAGUCUUACAGCCCUCAGUGUAACCAGUGGACCAGAGUCUCUCCCUUGUUUCAAGCAAACAGUGAGUCUGGAGUGGCAGUCUGGGAAGGCAAGAUUUAUAUUCUUGGAGGCUAUAGCUGGGAAGACACUGUCUUCUCCAAAACUGUCCAGGUGUAUGACAAGGAGAAAAACAAGUGGUACAGAGGAACUGACCUUCCCAAAGCUAUUGCUGGUGUGUCUGCGUGCGUCUGUGCAUUGAAACCCAGAAAGGAGGACAAAAAGAAAAAGACAAAAACGAAGAAGCAUCAGGAUCGGGGAAGAUGACACAGCUUGGGAACCUUGUAACUAAUCAUCUCUUUCUAAUCUUCAUUUAAAAGAAAAAAAAAAAAAAGGAAAAAAGAAAACAGUUUCUGAAACCUUAGAGAACAUGUGGUCGAACAUCUUUGGGUGAGGGUCACGUGAAGGUAACUGCUACUACUGAAUGGUGGUGAGGUUGCAAAGGGUGCUAUGCUACCUGUUCUGUACAUUUAGGUGUAGACUGUUACUUCCGUGGUUCUUAGCUUUUACACACUUAUAAUAAUAAUAAAAGUAAACAUUUUAAAAAAUUGAAAACUUUUUGGCUUAGAAAAUUAAAUGAUGGGGAGGGAAAAGAGGACCAAACAUCGGUUUGAAGUUACAAAGAGAAGUCUAGAGGCAGUUGCUAUUGAAAACUGAUAUGGAUCUUGUUGUAAACCCUGAUUAUUUUUUUUCAUUAAAUUUUAAUUUACAAUACUUUCUAGAGUUGUGAGUAAAAGAUUUCUGGUAUGCAUGAGUAGCCAUUCAAAUUAUAUCUAUGCCCAGGCAUCUUGGUAAGCAAAUGACACUUCUGUACUCUUAAGUUUCAGAGGAUAUUAUUAAGUGACCAAAGUGUGAGUGCUCUGGUCCAGACAUGGCCAUGUAACUGAUCUGUGCUCAGUUUGUGAGCUCUGCUGGUCUUUCCAGUGGUGCAAUGAUCUACAAGAUCCAGGGG